AUUGUUAUCAGACACCUGGGCUGAGCAGUGAGCAGAACGAAGGGCAAGGCGAGCCACCGGCACCAACCAGGUAAUCCAUGGCACUCUCGAGCACAGACGAGAAGAAGACGGCGGCGGAGAUCGUCGCCGCGUUGGAUCUGCAGCGCCACCCCGACGGCGGCUUCUACCUGGAGACCUUCCGCGACCCCUCCAUCUCUCUCCCCGCGUCCGCCCUGCCGCCCCGCUAUAAGGUGGACAGAGCUGUGAGCAGUGCCAUCUAUUUCCUACUGCCUGCUGGGGAGAUUGCUCGGUUGCACCGCAUCCCUUGUGCUGAAACCUGGCACUACUACCAAGGAGAACCUCUCACGGUAUUUGAGGUGCAUGAUGAUGGACAAAUCAAAAUAACAGUGGUCGGUCCUGAUCUACGACAUGGCCAGAGACCACAGUACAUGGUUCCUCCAAAUGUAUGGUUUGGGGCCUUCUUGACCUGCGACAUCGAGUCCUUUACUGAAGAUGGAAGUGUCUUUGUCAAGACUCCUGGAAGAGACCCUGCGGUGCAUUAUUCCUUUGUUGGUGUAACCUGUGCUCCAGCGUUCCAGUUUGAGGACAACGAACUGGCAACACGUCAGGACAUGAAAGCUUUGGCUCCAAAGGCUGAAGCAUUCAUCAAUUACCUUGUACCAUCUUAGACUGCCUUGCAAGUGCAAGUAGCUUGUUCUUCAUGAGGAUCUUCAUGUACUGAUUUGCUCUAGUAGCUGUUGAAAAUCACUGUAUGAUAUCAAAUCGGCUUGUAACUCUGUAAAAUCAGUUCUGUGUGGAUUAUGGCAGUUAAUGUUUCUGCUAUAUAUGCUUGCACUAGCGCUAAGGACUGAAUGUUCAUGUGGUUGGCCUUGGCCAUAUAGUUUGUCGCGAAGAUCUCAUUCGUUGAGAAAAUCUGAGCAGGUGGUGGAUUAAACACCAUGUUUAA